AUGCUUUCAAUUCAUAGCAUUCUUCGUUCGAACAUAUGUAAAAGUCUUUCAUCUCGUUAUGCUUCGUCGUCAGUAACAACAAGCCUGAUCAAGAUUUCGAAAACUGACAAUGACCAGAUCUGUCGUAUCACAUUGAACAAUACUCGACAGCGCAAUAUUCUUUCUCUUGCAAUGAUAAAUGAUCUGAUCAAAGCCUUGGAAGACAAUGAGAAACAAUCACGUGUUAUUAUUCUGACGGCAGGUGAUCAGAAAGUGUUCAGUUCAGGUCAUAGUCUAAAGGAGCUAUCCGAAUUGAGUAAAACAAAAGCCUGCAUUGCAGUUUUCGAUCGAUGCACCGAACUCAUGCUAAAAAUUGGCCAGCUAUCCAUUCCUGUUAUUGCUGAAGUCUUUGGUCUGGCAGCGGCUGCUGGCUGUCAGAUGGUAGCCAGUUGCGAUAUCGUGGUAGCUGGUGAGAACGCUUCAUUCUCAGUUCCCGGUGUCAAACAUGGAUUAUUUUGCAUUACUCCAGCUGUGGCUGUUCGUCGCUCAAUUACAAAUCCGAAACUAUCUUCGUUAAUGCUAUUCACCGGCGAACCUAUAUCAGCAAAGGAAGCUUAUAACCACGGUCUUGUCAGUCGUGUCGUUAGUGAAAAUGACCUUGAACGUGAGACAAAUAAGAUCGCUAUGCAAAUCUGUGCAAAUAGUCGAGCAGUAGUUGCCAUCGGAAAGAAAUACUUACAAAUGAAAGAUGCCAAAGACGAUCUACCUCACGAAUAUCAGGUAGCAACACGAGGCAUGAUUGAAAAUCUUGAAUUGAAAGACACUCAACAUGGACUUGACUCAUUUAUAAAGAAAACUCGGCCAACGUGGACACAUCAAGAUGAUAAGAUGUAG